UGAGUUUAUCUUUAUCUAUAGUCUUAAUUAGUCACCAUUUUGUCUUUGGUCCGGGUCAUUUUUCUAUCAUAUAAUAUGGGACCUCAUGCUUUGUCCCAAACACACUAUAAAAAAAGCUAGCCUCCUUUACUACUUUGCAUCACCAGAACUCCUCACUCUCACAGCUAUACAUUACCUUUCCUCUCUCACCAACUCUUUUUGGAAAUGUCUCAGGGAAGAGGCAGUGCAGGUCCAGCCAUUUUCGUUGUGGUUGCACUACUUUGCCUUGUGGUUCAGUUUGAGGCAGUUCAUGGUGCAACUUUUAUAGUUGGUGGCUCUGGUGGUUGGACCUUUAAUCUCAGUAAUUGGCCUAAAGGAAAGCGCUUUAGGGCCGGUGAUGUACUUGUGUUCAACUAUGAUAAAACUAUCCACAAUGUGGUUGCCGUAAACCGGGGAGGUUAUAGCAGUUGCAGAACUCCGGCAGGUGCAAAAGUGUUCCAAACAGGGAAGGACCGGAUAAGGCUUGCAAAGGGACAGAAUUACUUCAUAUGCAGUUUUGCCGGGCACUGUGAGUCUGGGAUGAAGAUUGCCGUCAAUGCAGCAUAAUGUGAAGCCAAGUUCAUGGCUAAAAUAAUUCCACUCUCUCUCAUGUCAUCUGAAAUAGUCAGUGUCACCUCUAGUUUUACUUAUUAAUAGUUGUAUUGCUACCAAUGCAGCUUAAUUAUCUGUGUGACUUCUAUGUGUUACUAUGUAAUUUACAAAAAAUCCACUACCACUUUACUAGUGUGGCUUUCCUUGAGUGGAUCUAUACCAAAUAAAAUCCUGAUGUUUCUUUGUUGCUA